GAGGAGUAUAGGCUGUGCUGUCAGCCCAGUGUCAGUCUGAUGAAGAUUGGCAUGCAGUCUCAAUGUGACUCAAUCCCAUGAUGCAACAUGUGCCCCCAGCACCUGCAGUGACAAUGAUGGCCACCCAGAGUGUUCCUCCACCAUCGUACCAGGAGAGCCAACAGAUGACGGGCACGACUCAGCAGAACAACAAGACCCCACAGGUCCACAUCCCAGCAGCCUCUGCGGGAGGAAAUACCCCCGUCAGUGUGACACUUGACCCCCAGGCCCAACUUGAGUCUGACAAAAGGGCCGUUUACAGACACCCUUUGUUCCCCCUGCUGGCAUUGCUGUUUGAGAAAUGUGAGCAGGCGACACAGGGAUCUGAGUGCAUCACCUCCGCCAGCUUUGAUGUCGACAUUGAAAACUUUGUACACCAGCAGGAGCGGGAUCAUAAACCCUUCUUCAGUGAAGAUCCAGAGUUAGACAACUUGAUGGUGAAAGCCAUUCAAGUGUUGCGGAUCCACCUGCUAGAGCUGGAGAAAGUCAAUGAACUCUGUAAGGACUUCUGCAACCGCUAUAUCACCUGCCUCAAAACCAAGAUGCACAGUGACAACCUUCUCCGUAACGACUUGGCGGGGCCCUAUUCUCCCACACACACCAAUCUCAGCAUGCAGCAGGAAUUAAUUCAGACCUCCUCUCCGUCCCUGACGCCUGUGUCCAACUCUGUCAACUCUUCAGGGAUUGUGGCAGCCAGUGCGGGUCUGCAACAGGGCAAUGUUUCCAUGACGACCAUAAACUCUCAAGUGGUAUCGGGUGGCACGCUGUACCAGCCAGUUGCCAUGGUGGCAUCACAAGCACAAGUGUUAACGCAGGCACUGCCACCAGGAACCAUUCAGAUCCAGAACUCACAGGUAAAUGUUGACUUGUCAGCUCUUUUGGAUAGCGAAGACAAGAAGUCGCGGAAUAAGAGGGGUGUUCUUCCCAAACAAGCCACCAACAUCAUGCGCUCUUGGCUUUUUCAGCAUCUUAUGCAUCCGUACCCAACGGAGGAUGAGAAAAGACAGAUUGCAGCACAGACAAGCUUAACCCUUUUGCAAGUGAAUAACUGGUUCAUCAACGCUCGGCGGCGUAUCCUCCAGCCGAUGUUAGAUGCCAGUAACCCUGACCCGGCUCCUAAAGCAAAGAAGAUGAAGUCACAGCAUCGUCCUACGCAGCGUUUCUGGCCUGACUCCAUUGUGGCCGGAGUUCUGCAGACACACCGAUCUCAAAUGGGAAACAACUCAGACAACCCUCUCAGUCUGGACAGCCUCCAGUCGCUGUCAUCAGAUUCAGCCACCCUCGCCAUGCAGCAAGCCAUGCUGGGAGCCGACGACUCCAUGGACGGGACAGAGGAAGAGGACGACGAGGAAGAGGAGGAGGAGGAGGAGGAAGAGGAGGAGGAAGGAAUGGGGGAGGAGGAGGAAGAGGAGGAGGAUGGAGUCAAUGAAAACAACAGGGGGAGUCCGAUGCCCAGCGGCGGAGCGGGAAGGAGAGAGCUGAGCAUGGAGCUCAGAGAGGAACUGGAGUAGAGCGCCGGACAAACUUUGACCUCACUUGACUCCUUAGUAUGGCAAAUGUCUGACUCAAACACAAGAUGAAUGGCACAGCCGCUGUAUUCCAUAUGCAUUUGAAGGCUCACCGCGAAAGAAACAAACCUUAUACAGCACAGACAAACUAUGGAAUUACACCUGACACAAUGAUCCCAAGAAUCAUAGCAGAUGAUAGUCAAGCAAACGCUCAUUUGGUUUUACUAUCAUGGAACGUAAGGCAAGAUGUUUAGGGUUUCCUCCCCGCUUUUCAAUACAGGUGGUCCUCGGGUUAUGAACGAUUUUCGUCCCUAGACUGUGAUAUACGUAGAGCUGAGUGUAACAUAUAGCAUAAAAUACGGCACUAAAAUGAUGAAAUACAAGAAUAAAUGUAUCAGUAAUAAUGUGGUCGUCUUCCAGGAUAACCUCCUCUUGUCCUCCCAGAUCUCCCUGUAAUAGCGCACAGAAUCCAUGACCCCGCUAGCAUUCAAUCGUCCUUGUGCUUAACGAGGGUUGUGACAGUCAAGCGGAGUUUCCAAUUGUGGUGGGCGUUUCCCCUCUCUCUGCUCUUUUUAUGAUGAUUUUCACUUCCAUGGUGAUGGCUUUCCUUUUCUUUACUUGUGUUUACAGACCAAAAUUACGUUGGUAAUUCAUUUAUGGGAGAGCGUUUGUAAGCACAAGACAUCAUAAGACAGAACGCCGUAAACCGAGGACCUCCUGUACGUUGCAAUGCCAAGAAGUCGAUGCUUUAGAGCAGGGGUGUCCAUCUAAAGUGCGGCUCACAGGUCAUAUGCAGCCCCCUUGUUUGUUUUGGCCCGCAGCGCUUCAACAUGGACAAAAUAAAAGCAAAACAAAGACAAGCACAAAUGGGGUGGGGGGAGCCAAGUCGAGAAAAAUGUGAUACUAAUAACAUUAACAAUAACAAUAAUAAUAAUAACACGCUUUGUCACCUGUAACACAAAGCUAAUAUUGUGUUAUCCUUUCUUAGAAAAUUUUAAAUAUCAAAAUGACACCUGCACCCUUUACGUUGGAAUCUGGUAAGUUAGUGACCCACUUGGCACGGAUGCAAGUGGACUGUAGCAGCUGCAUGUGAAACCGAAACAUGAAGUUACUGUACAGUCGUCCCUCAUUUAUCGCGGUUAAUUGGUUCCAGACCCGGCUUUGUCUACGCCACAUUGCGCAACACUAAUGCGCAGGCUACGGGAACACUGCAGGGACAUAGCUAAGUUAGCCUCCAAAGUAUUUGUUCUAAAUGUAAAGGAUUUCAGAUGGAGUGGGAAAGAAGGACAAAGUCAGAAGCCAAAAACAUACCACUUCCACAUGGAAUGGGAGGAGAACUUCUUUUCACGAUGUCAUGUCGGACAUGCCAUGGCUGACUCCAUGCAGUGUUCAUGUGAUGGAACAUAACUUCAUGUCUUAUCAGCGUAGCAUGACUGACGCCUAGUGACCAGACUCAUACAUAUGACUUGUUUUUCAAUAUUUUUGGACUAAUAAUAGGCAACCACGAAACAGCGCUCCUUUAUUAAGGAGUGGGAGGGAGUGAGGGAUGGCUGUAUUGGGUUUAUGCUUAAACUAACAAAUGAUAGAAGCAUUAUAACACUUGUUUUAUCAUGGUGAUAAUAAUAUAACACAAAGCUCAGGUGCGGGCUGUUUUAUAUCUGACUUAUUAGCAAAUCUAAAGAAAGUUUUUAAAAAAUAUAUCAAAAUUAUCCCCACCUGCCCUCUAAUUUUUCGGUGGAAACAUUUUGGAAACCCCUGCUUUAUAAAGCCACAGCAUUCAGAUACGAUAUGGACGACUACAGUAUGUUUUUCUUUUUGGGAAUGUAUAUGUUCAACACAAACUUGUCUACAUGGAAUUGAUCAAGUGGUUUUGCUUGACAAAAAUAAUAAGGCACGAAAAGUUACCACUCCACUUUUGGGAAGAAAGGGGACAAAGUUGCUGAUCACCCAUCAUCAUUUUUAGGGUCGGUUUAUUUUAACAGAGAGAGACAUAAUGUAAAAUCCAUUAAAAAAUCCAAUCAAAUAAAGGUUAUGAAUGAAUUUGUAUUUGAUUGUGUGAAAUUGGUAGUUGACCCCCAAGCAAAACGUGACUUAGGACUUAGUGGAGUAACCCUCGCUGUUAAGCACAGGUGUCAAAACGUUGCUUGUCGUUGCUCACCGGGCUUGUGCGCAUCCCAGGGGGGAUUUUGGACCGAGAAACAUCCCCAAAGCAGAAUCUUUCCACCCCCAUUUGAUGCCAAAGAGAUCAAUUUUCUGACCACGUCACAUUCUCCCAAGCCUUGUCGGAGUCAUUCAGGUUUGCUGUGAUCUCAAUCCAUCACAGCAAAUUGCGCUAUUAAUGAUUAUGCUCCCAACUCCCUUGACAUCAUUAACCAGCUCCUCCCUUGUAACUCUGGGCUGGUCCCCCACCUCGCUCACAAUCACCUUUUCUCCCAUUUGAGAUUGGACUACAUCCCUAAACAGACAGGACUAGUUUGUGUGUUUUAUGGACACAUAAAACACAUCUGUGGGGGUCAGAAUACCUGAUGGUUGGGUUGGGGAUCAACUACUAAUUUCACUCAAUCAAAUACAAAUAAAUGUAUAACCUUUGUUUAAUUUUUUUCCCCGGAUUUUUAUUUUUACAUUCUGUCUGUCUGUUGUAAUAAACCGACCGUAAAAAUGAUGUACUGUUCAUAUCUUCGUAAGGGAUAAACCUAAAAACAAAAUCAAAUAUUACUUUCCCCGACUGUAUCUGCACAAUACUUGUUCAUACCUGUUAAAUGACUCCCAAGGAUCUCAGGUCGAACGAACACACAGUAUUUUUCUUCCACGCAAGCAAAAUAUUUGAGAUGCUAAAAGCCGUUUUCAGGCAUGAACUCGGAAAAAUCUUUUCAUAAGAAAAAAAACUAAUGUUGUAGACCAGUGUCUUUGCAUCGUCAUUCUUGCUUUUGUUUUUUUGUUUUUGGGUGGGUUCAGGGUUCAGCUCAAGCGACAACAAGGCAAGGACGGCUCUUCCUUUCUGCAUUUGGUCCUUUUAGAUCUGCUUGGCUGUUUUUUGUAUGCAAUACAACCGGCCCCGCAAACUUCUCUCCCGCUCGUCUCAACGACAGGACAGGACAGUCAAGGACUUUGGAAAACCUGACCGACUAAGCCAUCAUCACUGACUUUUUAAAGGAGGAAAACCAUUUUAAGCAAGAAGAGCGACUGAACAUUUUGAACAAACUGGGAAGGAAUUCCCACUGUUUUGUACUCAAACAGGAUUCAGUCAUUUCUAUGGUGAAGAAACAACCCAUCUUAUAUUUAAUGUUCUGAGUGGUGAUUGUGAAGUUUGUUACUCGUUAUUUUUCUCCAUUGCCUUUUUUUUCUCAAGAUCGAUCUUCCAGCACAAGUGAUAGACAAUGGGGAAUAUUUUGAUUUCAUUUGUACACUUAUUGUCAUUAUCUACUGUGUUUCAAUAGACCAAUUUUAAUAAUUAAAACGUGUAUUUGACUUUGUAUUCUGACACCUUUGCAGGCAGAGAGUUACAAAUGUGGAGCAUUCUGUUCGCAUCAACACUUUGGAGUAUACGUUUUCCCGAAGCUAAUUUUCCAAAAAUGGCAACUUUAUUCUUAGUUUUGUUUAUUUCUCAUAUUAUGACUUUCUUCCUUUCAUUUGUCAACUUUUUCACUUAAUAUUAUGACUUUACUCUCUUAAUAUUUUGUCUUUGUUUUUGCAAAAGUACAGCUCUCGCUUCCAUUUUACAAUUUCUUUUUAGUUUUUGUUGGACAUGAAAUUCUCCACAACCUACUAAAGGUCAAAGGACUACUUUGGAAAAUUAAUUAAGCCAAUUUCACCUCCCCCUUACAUGUUUGUUAGUCUCCAGUUAUGAGAAGGAAAGAAGACUCACACCAGAUUAAGUUUAAGAAUUGUGUUGAGAAUAAAUCAGACAGUUUUACGGUUUACGGAGCUCCGCACCCCGUUACGUCCACUGGUCCCCUCAUCCUCUGCCCCAGCUGAAUGCAAGAGGGUCUCCAACUCUCGCCUCGUACGCCUUUUCAUGAUUGAUUGGCGCCAGUCUCUCCAAAGAUAACUUUCUCCCAGAUUCCUUGACGAAGCUUGUGUGACGCCAGCAGGUGAUUACAUUUAGUUGUUGACAAUUAUGCAAACAUAAACAAGACAUUGUUGCCCUCAGCCUAUCUCAAGGCUUCUGGCUUGCUUGUGCUCUCUAUCUGGCUGCUGGUCCCGGCUGGCCUUCACUUUGUGUGAGCUCUCACAAUUAUUGUUAAUUUUUGACACACUUAAUCAGUUGUCCAUCUACACGGCUAAUUAUUUAAUAAAGCAUUAUUUCUAUACACUACUUGUAAUCACUCACUCCGUUAGACAGACAGUAAUAAACUUAUAUUUAUACUGUACUUAUAAUAAGGCACUCAUCCAAUAUUUAAAUCAAUCAACAUCAAUGCAAUCAGCUAUUCUAAAAUCUACUUGUAUAUGUUACUUGAUAAAAUCACUCAGUAAAUUAAUUUUCUGGUUUAUUUGUACUUUUAGAUUGUGCCGAGGACCAAUAAAAAUAUUUUAAAAAACAGCCGCAGGCUGUUAAUGGCCCCCUGGGCGCACUUUGGACACACCUGAUUUAAGGCAACCAGAGCUGCUGGUUUCAAGACUUGAACAAAUAGUGGAUGGAACCACUUAUGCUUUCUUGACA